AUGAGUUCGAUUUCAUCGUCGUCGGAGGCAUGUGGCACUGCUGGGAAUGUAGUCGCCGGCCGGCUAGCAGAGAACCCCAAAGUCUCCGUGCUGGUAAUCGAAGCAGGUCGAGGCGAUCCCGAAAAUAUCGCGGAGAUCACCACUCCCGCUCGCGCCUUCGAGUGCCGCAAUGGCCCCCAUGACUGGAAGUACAAGGCCACAAUGAUCGACCGCGAAGACUACACCCGCGUGGAGAAGCCUAACACACGAGGAAAAGUGCUGGGUGGCAGCAGUUGCCUGAACUACUACACCUGGGUGCGCGGCAGCAAGGCGACCUUUGACGACUGGGAAGAGUUUGGUGGCAGCGGCUGGAAUUGGGAGGGAGUCAAAGAAUAUUUUGAUAAGCCUGUCACUUACCAUGACGACCAUAACAACUACCCACAUGUGAGGAACAUUGGCUUGGGUGGUCCCCUUCAUAUCGAGCACGCGAACUUAGUGCCCGAGCUGCAGCCGUUUCGAGAUGCGUUGCUCAAAGCAUGGCAGAGCAAGGGCCUUAAAGUCAACGAUGAUAUUUACUCGGGCUAUGUAUCGGGUCUGACUCACUGUGCUACCAGUAUCUACAAGGGCGUCCGCUCCUCAAGCUGGUCUUUCCUUGUGGGCAAGCCUAAUAUCCAAGUCCUGUCAUCUUCCUAUGGCAAGCGGUUAAUUAUUAAUGGCAAUUGUGUCACUGGUGUUGAAGUCCGCGGACCUAACGACGAAGAUAUUAUCAUCAAGGCACGCAAGGAAGUCAUUGUCGCUGGUGGAGUGUACGAGUCGCCAAAGCUGCUGAUGCUGUCAGGUAUUGGCCCGGGAAAGGAAUUGGCGAAGUUCUCCAUCAAUGUUAUCGUUGAUUCGCCCCAUGUGGGUCAAAACUUGAUUGACCAUCCCAUCUUGUCGCAUGUCUUUCGCCUGAAAAAUGGCUUGGGCCUGGAUGAUCAUUUGCUGCGCGCCGGUCCGCAAAAGGAAGGCGCAGUCACGGCCUAUAAUCGGGAUCACGCCGGGGCACUGGCCAGUGGUCUGCUAGAGCUAGUGGGUUUUCCUCGCAUUGACGACCGACUGAACAAGAUCGAGGCGUACGUAAAGGCGAAGCAGGAGAAUGGAGGGAAGGAUCCAUUUGGACCGGCAGGGCAACCGCACUUUGAAAUUGACUUCGUGCCUAUGUUCGCGGACGCAUUUCAGUGGCAUUUCCCCAUCCCUCCGGAGGGAACCUGGCUGACGACGAUUGUCGACCUAUUGCGUCCGAUGUCAAAGCCGGGUUGGGUCAAGCUGCAAUCGACUAACCCAUUAGAUCACCCACAUAUCAACGUGAACUUUUUCGAGAACCAUCUGGAUGUGAUCGCUCUGCGGGAGGGUGUCCGUUUUGUGGAUGAUAUUCUCAUGACGGGCGAGGGAAUCCGGGACAUCAUCGGUGAGGACUAUCCUUGGCCCAUGCCGCGUAACUCGGACGAGGCAAUGGACAAGAUGAUACUGGAGCGCGCUCAGAUUGGAUUCCACCCUUGCGGAACCUGUCGCCUGUCAAAGGACAUCAAGCAGGGCGUGGUCGAUGAACGACUCAAAGUCUACGGCCUGAAGAAUGUCCGCGUAAUUGAUGCGUCGGUGUUCCCUGUAAUUCCAGACUGUCGAAUCCAAAAUCCCGUCUACAUGGUUGGUGAGAAGGGCGCCGAUCUCAUCAAGGCUGACCACAAGGAUCUCUACUGA